AUGUCGAGGAGAAAGACCAGAGAGCCCAAAGAGGAAACCGUAACUCUCGGACCUGCCGUUCGUGACGGAGAGCAAGUUUUCGGUGUUGUUCACAUCUUUGCAUCAUUCAAUGACACUUUCAUUCACGUGACUGAUCUGUCUGGAAGAGAAACUCUCGUUCGUAUCACCGGAGGGAUGAAGGUGAAGGCUGACCGUGAUGAGUCCUCUCCUUAUGCCGCUAUGCUUGCAGCUCAAGAUGUUGCUCAAAGAUGCAAGGAGCUUGGAAUUACGGCCAUGCACGUGAAGCUCCGUGCGACUGGAGGAAACAAAACCAAGACUCCAGGCCCUGGUGCUCAGUCUGCACUCAGAGCCCUUGCUCGUUCUGGCAUGAAGAUUGGUCGUAUAGAGGAUGUGACUCCAGUUCCCACCGACAGUACACGUAGAAAGGGUGGACGUAGAGGAAGAAGACUUUGAUUUCACAAUGAGCCUCAUCAUCGAUCUGUUGUUGUGCCCUUGACUCUGGUUGUUUCUUGGGUACACACUUCGAAUUUAGUUCUGUCUCGUUCCAAUUGAUCUUUUCUUGUUGCCUUCGUAAACAUUAUAAGUUGUUUCUCUCUUGAACGUUGUAACUUUUGCAUUUUGGAGUUUUUGGAAUGAGAAGAAGAGUAAUAGUGACUAAUCGUGUUGUCUUUUGCCUUUUCUCUUUUCCC